AUGGAGAUCGACUCCUUGAGGCGUGGCCUCGACGAGGUCCUCUCCGCGCAGCGCGCGCGGGAGGAGCUCCCGAGCCCCCCCCCCAGUUCAGAGCUCCAGGGCCACCGGGCCGAAGCCCUGGCUGAGGAGUUGGCCGGGGCGCGGCAGGCGGUGCAUCGACUCGAGGCCGAGUCCGAGGGAUGGCGGAGCCAACUUCAAAACCUAGGGAGCGCCAUGCAGGAGCUCUCAAGAGCGAGGCAAGACCAGGCAACACAGCAGGAGGUGCUUUCGCGGGAGCUUGCAGAUGCUCGAGCCUCCAUGCAACGGAUGCAGGCCCAGUCGGAGGACUUCCAGUCCCGGCUUCAAAGCCAGAUGCAGGAGAUGGAGCGAAUGCGCGCAGACACGCAGGAGUGCCUGCGGGAGAACGACGCAUGCGCACGGGAGAGGGCGCUGCUCUCCCAGCGGUUACAGGAGGUGGAGGCCGGACUCGGAGAUGUCCGGAACCAGCCAGGGCUCCGUGAGCACGGCAUCGAGAUCGAGAAACUGAAGGCAGUCCGUGUCAGCAUCACCAAACUCCACAAGGUCGUACAGCUGAACCCGAGAGCUUUCACCAACACUUGGAAAAGGGUUUAG